AUGCACGAUAUUGUGUGUGAAAAAAUUGAGGAUCAUCGAUAUGCCACUUUAAUUAAGGGCGCCGUAUGGGGUGGAGGAUUACUAGGCAUUAUUUUAUUCGCUCGAAAAACACGAAUGUUUGCGAGAUAUGAAAGGGUGGUAGACAUACCUCUUGAUGUAUAUGAGAAAGGCAUUCCUCUCAAAGGGAUUGUCCGUUCUGUUCAUUCUAAUGGAUAUAUGAAAGUAGAGCAUAUACCCACCUUUAUGGUGCCCAGUGUUUUAUCUAAAAAGCGUUUCCAGCCAGGCUUGCUGGAUGUCCGACUUGCGGGUCUUGAUGUUACGAGUGCUGGUUUCGAGUAUCUAACUAGAAAUUUGCGUUUGAGAAGCAGAGAAAUAUUUUUUUCUGCUAUAAAACCUACUGAGAAUAAGCAAUGUGUCGAUGCUGAAAUAUAUUUACAGAAAAAGAAGUUCUUGCAAACUAACCUAAAUGUCGAUUUGGUGCGCCGUGGUUUUGCGCGUGUGACGUCGCUAACCAACGUGGAACAUAUGGAUACUUUGAAAACUAAUGCCUCAUAUUCUAGACUAGUAUCGAAGCUGAUUAUGUCUGAAAAGAUAGCUGAACGUAGAGGACUCGGUUUAUGGGCUUGCGACACAUGGGCUGAAACAGUGUUUUCCUAUCCUGCAGCGUUCAAACAAAUUGUUCUCUCUACAGCAGUAAUUAGAUUUUUGGUUUUAACUGUUGUUGUUGGAAAAAAACUAAUCACAGAAGGAAGCCAUUUGUCGAAGCAGGCAUUCAGAUUCACUGUCGCUCUGAAUCGAUAUUUACAUAUCAUUGUUCAGCAACUUUUUGAAAAACUGUUAAUAGAUGUUGGCCCGAAAGGUCUUGUUCUUGUUGCUGGAGCUGUUGUAGCUGGUAUUGGAAUCAAGGAAUCGCUGUUCUCAGUUGACGCUGGACAUCGGGCAAUAAUGUUCAAUAGAAUCGGAGGUGUUGGUGAUGCUGUUUAUAAGGAAGGUCUGCAUUUUCGCUUCCCGUGGUUUCAGUAUCCUAUUGUGUAUGAUAUUCGUGCUCGCCCGAACCAAAUUCGUUCACCAACCGGUAGCAAAGAUUUGCAGAUGGUAAAUAUUGGUCUGAGAGUUUUGUCUCGUCCUGACCCUUCUUCAUUACCUAAAAUUUACCGGAUGCUAGGACAAAAUUGGGAGGAAAGAAUUUUGCCUUCUAUUUGCAAUGAGGUACUUAAAAGCGUAGUAGCGAAAUUCAAUGCUUCCCAGUUAAUCACUCAACGACAACAGGUCUCUUUGCUUGUCCGUAAAGGUCUCAUUGAAAGAGCGCUGGACUUCAACAUCAUUUUGGAUGACGUGGCCAUCACUGAAUUAGCAUUUUCGCCACAGUAUUCUGCAGCAGUAGAAGCCAAACAAGUUGCUGCUCAAGAAGCGCAGAGGGCAUCAUUCUUGGUAGAAAGAGCUAAACAGCAAAGACAAGAAAAAAUUGUACAGGCUGAAGGUGAAGCACAAUCUGCCAAACUUAUAGGUGAAGCGAUGAAGCAAGACCCUGGCUUCUUAAAACUCCGUAAAAUCCGCGCUGCUCAAAAAAUCUCAAAGACUAUAUCGGAAUCAGCAAACAAUAGAGUGUAUUUGCCAUCUGGUGGCCUUAUGCUGAAUAUAGCAGAUGAAGAUUACUUGUGUGUUGAGGGUAAAAACAAGUUAAAGCGGUAA